AUGGCUGAGUGGAAUGAAGACACUGAUUCUGAUAUUGAAGAUUUAGAAAUUCUCAAUGACUUCAAUUCGUAUUUUAACAGACCUUAUCUAGUCAGACCAAGAGAAAACAAUUUCGUUAAGUGGGACGAUACGGAGUUUAUACGUCGUUUUCGUGUAUCUAAGAAUACAGCUUUUACGAUUUUAGAAGAAAUUGCUAAUGACAUAUCACACCCCACAAAUCGGAAUCAUGCAUUGUCAGCGUGUAACCAGUUAUUAUUAACCUUGCGUUAUUAUGCUACUGGAUGCAUGCAAAUUACUGUUGGCGAUUUCAGUGGUGUUCACCAAACGACAGCAGGAAAAGCUAUUAAAAAAGUUACCGAAGCGAUUGCAUCAAGACGAUGCCGAUAUAUAAUGCUGCAAGAUUCUGAAGAAGACAAAAGGAAACAUCAGAAUGGAUUCUACAAUAUGGCUAGGUUUCCUCUAGUGUAUGGAGCCCUUGAUUGUACUCAUAUACGGAUUCAAUCACCAGGUGGACAAAAUGCAGAGUGUUUUAGGAAUAGGAAAGGCUAUUUUUCCUUAAAUACUCAGGCAGUUUGCAAUUCAGACUUGAAAUUUUCGAAUAUUGUGGCUAGAUGGCCGGGGGCAAGCCAUGACAGUACCAUUUUUCAAAAUAGCAGACUCUGUGCUAUUUUUGAAUCAGGUCAGAUGGGCCAACUAGUUCUUCUCGGUGAUGCUGGAUAUCCGAACAAAAAAUAUCUAUUGACACCUCUACAAAAUCCUGUCACAGAAGCUGAGAAACUAUACAAUGAGUCUCAUAUACGAACUCGGAAUUGUAUAGAGAGGGCAUUUGGCAUAUGGAAGAGACGGUUUCCAGUUUUGUCAUUGGGAAUUAAGACCAAAGUUGAACUGGUACAAGAUAUCAUUGUUGCAACAGCCAUUUUACACAACUUGUGUAUCAAGCAUAAUGAUGUCAUGCCUAACUUAGAUGUUAACUUAGAAAAUAUCAUUGAUGUAACUGGCAGUGAUAACAACCAAGAUACCACCCUCAGCAGCAAUUACAGCAACAAUAGUUAUAGAAGGCAAAUGUUAAUUGACAAUUACUUUAGCAGUUUACAAUAGCUGAAUUCCUUUUAAAAAAAGGAAAAUCAAAAUAUAAAGUAAAUUUACUACUAUAUUUGAACUAUUGUCCUUUAUAUGUUUAAUAAAACCAAUUUUUAAUAUGAAAUGAAAACAA